GCUGCGGCCGGUGUCGCGGGUGCGGCGACCCCGAGGUGCUACCUGGGCGUGACGGGUGGGCGGGCGGCCCGGGCGAGGGGCUCGCAGCCUGGGCGUCAGCGUGGUCAUGGCCGUCGUGGCUCCCGCCGCGGGCCUCGGCGCAGAGAUCCUAGGGCCGCGGCGCCGUUCUGGUCCCGCCAGUGGUGCCACCCGGCCGCCCCGCCGUCGCGUGCGGGGGUCGCCGUGGCGUGCUGCAGGCGCCUCCUUCCCGGCACCUGCUCAGCUGCUCCUCCCCGCGCCCCCACCUGGCUCCCGCGUGCGCCCGGGCAGCGCCCCAAACGGGCCGCCCCCGCCAGCCCUCGCUGCGCGGCCUGCGCCCCCUGCGCCGCCAGUACUGAUCCAGCUUCGCGGGGGAGACGCGCUCCCGCCUCCUGCUUUUAGCCGGGCCAGGAGGUCUGGGGCCCUUCCGGAGCACCCGGGAGCCACCUGUGCACUUCUCAGUCGCCACGGCCCCGGUGCAGGCCUGGCAGGAGAAGGAUCCCCGCGGAAAUGCCUCUACUAACUCAGCCCCUUUCUGCACACUCUGCUCUUCCCUGGGCGCGCUCUCGCCUCACUUAUUCCUGCGUGGUUCAGGCGCUGCGGAAGGAGAAGGCACCUAGACUGCACUGGGAAGGCUCCUGGAGUUGACCUGGAGCGCCAGGAAAGGUCAGUGGAGGAAAGUGCUCCAAGCAGAGGGAAGAGCUUGUGCCAAGGCCCUGAGACCCCGGCGGGGGAGCCUAAUAAUGGCAGGUAACAGUCAGCACUUGCCACGCGCGAGGCAUGUUCUCAGUGUGUGUCUUGUGUCAUUUCUGUGAUGCUUGCACAUCGUCAGGGGGUACCUACCACUGGAACCUCCUCUUUUAACAAAUGAGGAAACUGAGGCACACAGCGGUUAAGGGACUUACGCUAGGUCACACAGCAGUAGAGCUGGGCUGGGGCAGGGGGCAGCUCCUCAAGUGGAACCUGGAGAGCCCACGGGGCAAAUGGCGGAGGCUGGAGGGGCUGGCAAGGGAGGGACUGCAAAGGGCCUCACAGGGGCUAGACGAGGGCCCUGGGCACCACUGAUUAUGGUGCCCCCCCAUGUGGAUUGAAGAUUAAACCUCGAAGCAAGUGUAUAAUGCCCCCAAAAAUCACAUUUGGAAGUCAUCACUUCAAUAAAAAUUUCUAUAUUAAAUAAA